AUGGCUCCGUGGUGGUACACAGCAGGCAGCGUCCUGCUGCUGUCUCUUCAGGCGUCUGCCUGGAACUAUUCAACUUACAGCUCGAUGGGAUUCCAGCCGCCGAAGCUCGAGGUCAGCAAGACCGGAACUACCCAGCCCGGUUACAUCUUCAUCGGUCCUCGUGGAGACGUCCAGGACGCCGGCUCCGCUGCGCUCAUUUACGACGAUGCGGGUGACUUAGUGUACGAAGGCCCUGAACAGGUGACUGCCAACUUCAAGGUGCAAAAGCUCUUCGGCAAGGACGUUAUCACCUUCUGGGCCGGAGACAUGAUGUCCAUCGGUUACGGUUAUGGAACCGUACACAUCCUCGACGAUACCUACAAAGAGAUCUACACUGUCAAACUCACAGGCAACUUUGUCACUCCGGACGGCUCAAGCAAAGAUUCAUACUGUGACAUGCACGAGAGCCAAAUUACUCCCCGCAACACUCUCAUCUGCACCGCCUACAACGUCACUCAGCACGACCUGACUUCCAUCAACGGUACCUCUUCCCAGUGGAUGCUGGACAGCCAAUUCCAUGAGAUCGACAUCACUACCAACCAGGUCCUGCACUCAUGGAGUGCACUUGACCAAGAAGCCGACAUUCCCCUGACUACCUCCUACCAGGGUCUCGGAAAGGAUGUCGGUACCCAGGAUGCCCCCUACGAUGCCUACCACAUCAACUCUGUCGCCACCACCAACCAUGGCUAUCUCGUCUCGCUGCGCCACAUGUGGUCAGGCUACUACUUGUUCCAGAACGGCAGCGUGAUGUGGCAGGUGAGCGGCGACGACGGCGCCGACUUCAAACAGAUUGGCGACGUCGACUUCUCAUGGCAACACGACAUGCGCGUCUACAACGAGACUGACAACGGGCUCGUCCUGAACCUGUUCAACAACGCCAACACCCCAACCAACGAAGAGGCCGAGACUACCGGUAUCAGCAUGGCAAUCGACCUGGACAAGAAGACAGUUACCGGUCUCCGCGCUCUGGCUGACCCCAACGACCCCAUCCACUCCGUCAGCCAGGGUAGCUACCAGCUCCUCAGCGAGGACAGCCAUGUCUUCCUGGGAUACGGGUCUAUUUCCAAGGUCAAGGAGUUCGAUGGUGACGGUAACGUCGUUUUCAGCGCCCAGUUCGGUGACGACAAUGCUGUUGCAUCUUACCGCGGUUACCGUUGCCAGUGGACUGCAACUCCCUUUUGGGAACCCUCCGUGUCGGUCAAGACUACCAGCUCCGGUGCCACCGUCUACAUGAGCUGGAACGGCGCUACUGAAUAUGACAACUGGGUUGUCUAUGCGGCUUCCUCUGCUACCUCGACCAACAACACUCAGAUCAUCGCCACCGCUGAGCGCACUGGCUUUGAGACUUCUGCUACUCUUGUUGACCCUCCUACCACUUUUGUUCAGGUGGUCGCUCGCAGGGGUACCACUGUUCUCGGCACCUCGGAGGUUGUUUCAUUCUAA